AUGAAAAAGAAAAAAAAACUGAACAUCGCACAGAAAAUAAAAAAAAAAAAGAAGCUGACACCAACCAAAGUACAAUUCACGAAACAACAUUCAAAUAUUUCUAUGAACCGAGUGAUUAAAGGAGUCAGUUUAGAUUACAAAAAAUUAAAUACCCAUACGUUUAAAAAUAAAAAAGUUGUAACUUCCAUUUUGAAGAAAAAAACGAUAAACAAAACCAUUGACAAACAAAAGAAAGCACCAGAAAUGAAAAAUAAAAAUGCGCAAUUAAUCAAACUAAAAACCAAAAAGACAGUCAACAUGAAGAAGGUACCCAACCAAACCAAACCGAAGGGAGAUAUCAAAAGCGACAAAAUUAAGAAGGACGAUAAGACAAAGAAGAACGGAAAGGUCACUAAAAUCGAAAAGGAAAAGAAAGAAGAAAAGGCCAAAAAGAACCUCAAAAAGGAUGCCAAAGAGGCAGACGGAAAGGUGCAAAAAGGUGACAAGUCCAAGACGGGUGACAAGAAGGAAAAGGUGAAAAGUGAAAAGGCUGUCAUAAAAAAAAUCGACAAAGGUAACAAGGACAAGGGCAAGGACAAAAAGGCAGAGAAGGUAGAGAAGUCGGAGAAGAAGCCUGAGAAGAAAGACGAAAAGAAGCCAGAAAGGAAGGACGAUAAGAAGGCGGAAAAAAAAGAAGAAAAGAAAGGGGACAACAAGGUGGACAAGAAGCCAGCCAAGAAGGAAGAUAAAAAGGCGGACAAGAAGGACGACAAGAAAGAGGACAAGAAAGACGACAAGAAAGACGACAAGAAGUAUGACAAAAAGGCAGACAAAAAAGCAGACAAAAAAGACGAUAAGAAGGUAGAAAAGAAAGCAGACAAGAAGGACGACAAGAAGGCAGAAAAAAAGGCCGACAAGAAAGACGACAAGAAAGACGACAAGAAAGACAACAAGAAAAACGACAAAAAGGACGACAAAAAGGUUAAGAAAGAUAUUUUGAAAACGCAGAAAACGAAGAAGUAG